AUGAGCGCAGAUUUACCAAAUCCAGGGCCCUCUGGGGAGCCUGUCAGGAAAGGAUCCGUCAAGCGGGCCAGACAGUUGCUGGAUGCCGGCGUGCGUCCAGAACGAGCCUCGCCAUCCCAGCAGAUGAGACAUCCGCCUAUCCCCGGGGAUAUCUCCAAUCAAUCACAAUGGCCUCUACCUGAUUCGGGUCUCCCAACGCGCCCGAUCAAUCCACGUCCUGGGUACUUUCCUCCUCAAGGUCCUCCCCGUGGGCCUCCCCGUGGGCCUCCACCUCAGAGACCACCUCAUCCAAGUGAUUUCCAGUCCAUUUACUCAGAACGGCAUGGCCAGGCCCCGGAAAAGAACUUGGGUCCAAACCCAAGACCUCCCCGUUCCUUCUCACAAGUGCAGCCGCCUCCGCCAGUGCAAUCGCGCCGGCCGAUAAAUGAUGCUCCUGUCAGUCCUACCAGCACAAUCGACAUGACUCCUCGAAUAUCGAUUGAAACAGACGAUUUAUUCCGGCAAUCUGUGGCUUCUUCAACGCCAUCUGUUCCCGAUGUGCCCCGAUUCCCACCUACUCUUCCACCGUCCGAGUCCGGUCUUUCUCCGGAUGACCCCAGAAGCCGGACUGCAGGUCUUGUGGCACCGUCUAACGUGCGACGGCUUCCCGUGCCUCGUCAAUCAUCUGUUUCACCCAUCCCAGAAGAAUUCGCCGACUCUCGCUUAACAAAAUGUUCUGUUGCAUCGAGCCGAGCCAUCCCCUCGAGCUGGGGAUCCGGUCCUGCUGAAUCUGAGAUUCUGGGAGCAUAUCUCGACAUGGAUUCAGACGAUGGCCAACGCUCACCAGGCUUCCAAGAGGAUGACACGAGGCUUGUUCGAAAUGCCAGUAUUGGAAAACGAGGAAAGCCAACAAUGCGUACCAUCCUCAAGUCUAACCCUGUUUCUGUUGUAGACAUGCCAGCACCCACCCAAGAGGAAUCCGUCAAAGGCACAGCAGUAAAAUCCUUGGGGAUGGGGGCUACUGCAACCCAGAUGCCCCAUCGACCAAGCCAAUUACGGAAGUCGUCUACUUCUACAGCAUCGAAUGAAUCCCUGGAAGAUGCGGACCCCGAAAAGCCACCUUUUAUCCAGCAGCAUGACUCGCCCUCCGAUGCACGGCUCGAAAAAGAGCUCGAGGUCUUGGCAGACCUGCCUCAAGCUGCACCAACAUUAAGUCACAAAAGGCCUGGCGGUCACAAGCCUCCUGCUCUGAACAUGCAUGCGUUGCGGGAUGCAGAGGCUCGUGGGAGCCUUUCUAGCCUCACUGAUUUGAUUCGAAGGGCAACAAAACUUGCAUCGAACCUGGAUCAUGGGAGAACCGCCAGCCGAGCUGAUCUAGCUGGUGGUGGUGAGGCAGAGUUUAGAGCUGGAAUGGGAAACCGAAAACGCAACUCCGGCUCUCUAUCAGACAUGCUCGCCUCCUUUCCCCCGCCGGGUUUGGCGACCCCCGAAGGCCGCGCUUCAUGGCCCGUUUUCUUUGGGCGCUCUAACUUGCGUAACGUUGAGCAACUCAACUCCGAUGAUGAUGACCCGAAUGCUCCCCGACGCAGGAAGAUGUGCUGUGGGAUACCUCGAAAGAUCUUCAUACUCAUCUGCAUCGUAAUCUUCAUCGUCGUCAUUCUCGCAGUUCUUCUCCCUGUGUUCCUUGUCGCUGUGCCCCGCGAGAAAGCGAACACACCCUGCGCUGAAAAGAACCCUUGUGAAAAUGGAGGCGUGAGCGUCUCAGGGGGUGCCGAAUGCUCAUGUGUUUGCUCGAACGGCUAUACCGGCUCACAAUGCAAUAUCGUGGGUGAUGCUAGCUGCACCACCACCCUGAUCGAUAACGGAUCGAACGCGACCAUGGGCAGUGCGCUCCCUGCUCUGUUCGAGGAAUCCAAGAAGAAAUUCGACAUAACCCUUGACCCCGUCACAAUCCUGGCUCUUUUCAGCAUGAAUGAUGUGUCGUGCAAGACCGAAAAUGCGCUCGUGGCUUUCAGCGAUGUUACAAGUGGCGACACAAGAAAGACCCGCCGAUCUGUCCAGCCCCUAGCCGACUCGAUCCCAUCCGUCUCAAAAACCGACCCAACACCGGUCCUAAAGGUCCGUUCCGAGGCUACUAUGAACGGUAUCCUAUACGAUGACUCGGUACCAAGCAAAUCAAGUACGACCACGUCGGAACCUACUCAAACCGAGUCAGCAACCAGCGCCUCCACUACCAAGAUCAGCUUUCAAUCCAGUUCCGAGACAAAGGUUCCCACCACCACUAUUCCCAAGAACGUUGUUGGGUUCUCUCGGGUUGCGGUGUUGUAUAUUCUGCAGAAAACCGGCUCUCUUGACUCGGCUCUGUCCUCAGAAGAACAUAUCCAAGGAUACUUGGUCGAUUCUUAUGCAAACGCAACUCAUCCUUCCAUGACGGUGGGGGCAUUUGAUUUGGAUUUUGAGAAAUUGACCAUCACACUUCCCAAUAGCACGGUGAAGGCUCAGUGA